AUCACUAACGGAAACCAAAACGGUUUCUCUCUCCUUCUCUCUUUCUCUCUCUUCUUCACUUUCCCGAGAAAAUAUCUGAGAAAAUCCGGGAAAAUUGGCUUGAGAAAGAGAGGUGUGUUUUCUCUCCACCCACCCAUGAAGACCCACCGUGGCGACCCCUCUUGGGGUCGUCUUUGCCCUCAAUUUGUUAUGGCAUUGGCCGUGCUUCUUCUUUCUGCUAAUGUAGGAUUGGUUGCCGGUGAUGCCUACGUGUAUGCUUCUCCUCCACCGCCGUCUUACGAGUAUAAGUCGCCGCCGCCACCGACUUACUCUCCUCCUCCGGUUUAUGAGUACAAAUCUCCACCACCACCGUCUCCGUCUCCUCCUCCACCGUACUACUACAAAUCUCCACCGCCUCCUGUCUACUCUCCUCCUCCACCGUACUAUUAUAAGUCUCCUCCACCACCAUCGCCCUCGCCUCCACCACCGUAUUACUACAAGUCCCCACCACCACCAUCGCCAUCUCCUCCUCCGCCAUACUACUACAAAUCUCCACCACCUCCGGUGUAUUCUCCUCCUCCACCCUACUACUACAAAUCUCCACCACCACCAACUUACUCGCCACCACCAGUGUACUACUCUCCACCGAAGCCCUACACGCCGCCACCGGUUUACUAUUCUCCUCCACCAAAGGUGUACACUCCACCCUACUACUCACCACCAAAAUACUCACCACCACCGGUGUACUACUCUCCACCGCCGAAGUCGUACACUCCACCCUACUACUCACCACCAAAAUACUCGCCACCACCGGUGUACUACUCUCCACCGCCGAAGUCGUACACUCCACCCUACUACUCUCCACCAAAAUACUCGCCGCCACCGGUCUACUACUCUCCACCACCAAAGUCGUACACUCCACCCUACUACUCUCCACCAAAAUACUCGCCACCGGUCUACUACUCUCCACCACCAAAGUCGUACACUCCACCCUACUACUCUCCACCAAAAUACUCGCCACCGGUCUACUACUCUCCACCACCAAAGUCGUACACUCCACCCUACUACUCUCCACCAAAAUACUCGCCACCGGUCUACUACUCUCCACCACCAAAGUCGUACACUCCACCCUACUACUCUCCACCAAAAUACUCGCCACCGGUCUACUACUCUCCACCACCAAAGUCGUACACUCCACCCUACUACUCUCCACCAAAAUACUCGCCACCGGUCUACUACUCUCCACCACCUAAGUCGUACACUCCACCCUACUACUCUCCACCAAAAUACUCGCCACCAGUCUACUACUCUCCACCACCGAAGUCGUAUACUCCACCCUACUACUCUCCACCAAAAUAUUCACCACCACCGGUUUACUACUCUCCACCACCAAAGGCUUAUACUCCACCUUACUACUCCCCACCAAAAUACUCACCACCACCGGUUUACUACUCGCCACCACCAAAGGCUUAUACUCCACCCUACUACUCACCACCAAAAUACUCGCCACCACCAGUUUACUACCCUCCAACACCAAAGCCCUACACUCCACCAUACUACCCGCCACACCACCACUUAGUUUUCAAGGUGGUCGGAAAAGUCUAUUGCAUCCGAUGCUAUGACUGGGCCUACCCCGAAAAAUCACACGACAAGAAGCACCUUAAAGGAGCUGUUGUGGAAGUGAGUUGCAAGGCAGGAAAGGAAGAGGUAGUAGCAUAUGGAAAGACUAAGAGCAAUGGCAAAUAUAGCAUUGAAGUUAAGGGAUUUGACUACGCUAAAUAUGGAGGCAAGGCUUGCAAGGCUAAGCUCCAUGCACCCCCGAAGGGCUCGCUGUGCAACAUCCCGACCAACCUUCACUGGGGCAAGGUCGGUGCCAUUUUGAAGGUUAAGUCCAAGACUAAAUACGAGGUCGUGCUGUAUGCCAAGCCUUUUGCUUAUGCUCCAAAGAAGCCCUACCAUGAGUGCAUAAAGCCUAAGCCUUACUAUCCACCUCCCUACGUCUACAAGUCACCACCACCUCCGGUCUACUCUCCUCCCCCUGUGUACUAUUACAAAUCGCCUCCUCCUCCCGUCUACUCUCCUCCUCCAGUGUACUAUUACAAGUCACCACCACCUCCAGUGUACUCUCCUCCUCCACCGUACUACUACAAGUCACCUCCUCCUCCAGUGUACUCUCCACCUCCAGUGUACUACUACAAGUCACCACCUCCUCCAGUGUACUCUCCUCCCCCACCGUACUACUACAAGUCACCACCACCUCCAGUCUACUCUCCUCCCCCACCAUACUACUACAAGUCACCUCCUCCUCCAGUCUACUCUCCUCCUCCACCAUACUACUACAAGUCCCCACCACCUCCGGUGUACUCUCCUCCCCCACCGUACUACUACAAGUCGCCUCCUCCUCCAGUGUACUCUCCUCCACCGUAUUACUACAAGUCACCACCUCCUCCAGUCUACUCUCCUCCUCCACCGUACUACUACAAGUCACCCCCACCACCAGUCUACUCUCCUCCUCCAGUGUACUAUUACAAGUCACCACCUCCUCCAGUCUACUCUCCUCCUCCGCCAUACUACUACAAGUCACCACCUCCUCCCGUCUACUCUCCUCCCCCGCCAUACUACUACAAGUCACCACCUCCUCCAGUCUACUCUCCUCCCCCGCCAUACUACUACAAGUCACCCCCACCACCGGUCUACUCUCCUCCUCCACCAUACUACUACAAGUCUCCACCACCACCAUCUCCAUCACCUCCUCCACCAUACUAUUACAAAUCUCCUCCCCCUCCUUCACCUUCUCCUCCUCCCCCAUACUAUUACAAAUCUCCCCCACCACCCGUGAAACCACCAACCCCCGUCUACAUUUACGCAUCGCCGCCGCCACCUCCACCAUAUUAAGCUCUACAAAAGUUCAACCCCAAUCUUGCUUUCUUUUCAAUAGCGGAAUAAAUAAAGGCUUCAUUAAUGAAAUAGUUAAAGGUGGAGAAUUCAGCCCAUUGAAUAAUAAGGAUCCAUUCGCAAGAACACAUCACCAUUCAAACACUCAUAGAUUGGACCAGAUUGCAUGUUCUUCUCUUGUUGCCAUCUUCCAUAUCAUCUUAUUAAGUGGCUUCAAGGGCUCAAUACGCAUCAAUGGCAGGGCUUGGAAAUUGCAGAAGAUUAUUGAUUGUUUGUGAUUUUAAAUAGUGAAGCCUUUUGUUAUUUGUUUAAAUUAUCUCAUUUGUGAAUAGAUUAAGUGCGCAUUUGUGUUAAGGUUUGGGAUUUUGUGUUCAAUUUGGGUUAUUUAUUUCAUUAUGGUGUCUAUUUCUUCUC